AGUCACGCAUCGUUUCGUUGGCCGCCAAAAUAUAUCGCGCGUUAAAAAUUAAUAUUUUUUAAAAAUCUCAUAGACCGUGGAUUAUUUCUUAUGUGCUAACAUUUCAAUUAACAGCGUAGACGACGUGUCAAUUUUUAUAAAAAAAUUUUAUAAAAAAUAUUCGAAAUUAUUUAGCAUUCCUAGGAUACGAUACCAUUCACACGGUUUUUAUAUAUUGGAUUUUGAAUUUUACUGAAUUGUAAAGCUUCUUACGCUAAAAUUAGACUACAUUGAAAAUGGAUAUAUCGGCCUAUCAGCACAUGAACAUACGUAUGAGCACACGCGGCAAACGUCCUUUACGCAAUUUGACACCCAGCGAUAAAGUACGCGCCAUACAACGUAUACAUAAUGGAGAAACGAAGGCUUCAGUUUCACGCGAUAUUGGUGUACCGGAAUCUACGUUACGUGGCUGGUGUAAAAAUGAACAAAAAUUACGUUUUAUGUGUCGUCAAAUGAGUGUAGAUCAAAUGUCACUGCCUGGUUUGGAGAAUCCUCCAGAAAAACGUACGAAGCUAGAGAAUCAUCAUGCAUCAGCGAAAUUUCAAAGCAUUUCAAGCUUUGAUGAUUUUGCCUAUAAUCGUUUACCACUUAGUGGCAUGGAUUUUGCUGUCAAUGCUAUAAACAACAAUAACCAGAAUUCCAAUGGUAGCAAUAUUAGUAGCUGCAAUGCAUUCCUAGAAAAAAUCGCUUUGAAUGAUUUUAUUAAAAAAACCACUUCCCAGGCGGAGUCUAACAAACAAUUUGGUAUAAGUUCACAUCUUCAGAAUAUCGGUUCAUUACCUAUUUCUGGAGAUUUUUCGCAACUUGCUAUGGUGCAAAAUAUAAAUUUAAUGUCCUUACUAAAUCCAAAUUUGGUAAAUGUUCCGAGCGCUGGUAGCUCAAUGGAAAGUACAAAAGUAAAAAUACCCUUACGCUCAUCUAAUUCGACUGAAGAUACAAGGGAGAGUACCAAAAGUACACCAACGACUCCAUUGAGUGUGAAAAAUUGGGCUAAAGAUCCUUCCGAAAACUUAUCUCCGAUUAAGAAUAGCACAAGCAGUAUCAAUAGCAGCAAUAAUAAACGGAUUAAUGUUAACAACAACAACAACAACAAUGAUACAAAUAACAACGACGUCAAGCCAAAAUCAUUACAAUCACAAUUGCAAUUGGCUGAAAUUGGCACAUUUCCAUUCCUACAAACUGGCAUGCCAUCGAUAUUGAAUCCCAACGCAGACCCAGAUAGCGCCAAUUCAGCUCUAUUGGAAUGGUGCAAAGUUUUUAAUGCGAGUUUAAAUUUUUUGGCACUAACUGCUGCUGCUGCAGCUCUUCAGUCUCCUACUGUAAAUUUAUCUAACACAAAUGACGAAAAUGAAAGCAAUACUAUACAGGCACGUCCUACCGAGAAUAUUUUGUAUAGUCAACUAACUAAAAUGCCUCAUAGCUUUCAUAUGAAUUCAAACAGCUUGAUGCAUAGCGACAUGUCCAACGAUAGUUACUAUGACAGCGAACCAGAGGAUUUGUCAUUUCGUUCUAAUACAUCGAAAAUAUCUAGCCCAGCUCACAGCCGUUCACAAAGUCCAGCUAAGAGCAUCUCUUCUGCAGUGCAGAGUGACUCUGAACCAUAAAGGAUUAAACGUAUUCGAAUCUGAUCGCUUGUAGAUAAAAACAACUUAGUCUUAACUUUUAGUAUUUAAAUAUGAAAAAUUCCUGAAUAAAGUCUUUAGAAUAAUUUGAUAGAAUAUUUUAAAUAAACUAUGUCACUGUACAAUGUACA